AUGCAUGCUAUAAAUACUAUGUGUGAAGAAUUAGAAAUUCUUGCUAAUGUUCGAAUGGAUACAACUGAUCAGCAUGUAGAUGUAAGUGAAUUUCGAGUAAAGAAAGAUGCUAAAGAUAUUAAAAACUUCUUGAAUGGUUUUCAUCCUUUUCCCGAAAUUAACAAAAUAUUAUCUAUUGUUAGUGGAGUCGUCGGUGGUAAUAACAUUAAUUGCCAUAAAGCUUAUGAAGUUGGCAUUACUUCCAUGUUCAAAAUGAUAGGUCAAACGUUCAAUAAUAUUAAAUUAAAACGCUCUGAAAAAGUAAGAAUAGGGUUGUUGUGUUCACCAGCGUGUACUAAUUGCCAAAGCCAGUCUUGCUCGAAUGUUAUAGACGAAGAUUCGUGUGAUAUCGAAGAAGAAACUGCUGAUUCAUCUUCAGUUGAACAAUUUAUGGACAUACAGCCAGAAGAAGAGAAAGCAAAAAAAUAA